UCAACAAUUCGAACCGUCAAUAUGAGAGAAACAAAAGCAGAGACCGUUGCUCGCGAAUCCCUCCUGUUGGAGCCUGAAAAUGUGAAGACUGACAAGCCUGUGGAGUCCUUCCGAGAUUACACCAUCGACGACACGGACCCGAUCAGGGAACGCGUGCGCAGGACGUACUACGCUAUGCACACUAACAUGACCGUUGAUUUCGUUAAAGCUAAAAUGGAGAAGUGGUUAAAGUUCAAUCACUUCAAGGCCACCAUGAAAGAAGCGUUGUACCUCAUGAACCAGCUGGUGGAUGAAUCGGACCCCGACCUGGACCUCCCAAAUAUCGUGCACGCGUUCCAGACCGCUGAGAGGAUCCGCGAAGACCACCCCGAUGAGGAGUGGUUUCAAUUCGUGGGUCUCAUCCAUGAUGUCGGAAAGGUGAUGGCUCUGUACGAUGAGCCACAAUGGUGUGUGGUCGGCGAGACAUUCCCAGUUGGCUGCAAGCGGGACAAACACAUUGUGUACGGAGAUGACAGCUUCAAGGAUAACCCUGAUACAUACAACCCGAAAUACAAUUCUCUGUACGGAAUGUAUGAGCCGAAUUGCGGUAUUGAAAAGCUGAUUAUGUCUUGGGGCCACGAUGAGUACCUCUACCACGUCAUGAAGCACAACAAAGCCAAGAUACCAGAAGAAGGUCUAGCUAUGAUCAGAUACCAUUCCUUCUUUCCCUGGUACGGAUACAACGAUUACUCACACUUCAUGACCAAAGAGGACGAAAAACUGAAGGAAACUGUUCUAAGACUAACGAAAUACGAUUUAUACAGUAAGAGCGCCAAAGUUCCCGACAUAGACGCCCUAUGGCCCUACUACGAAGGACUUAUCGAAAAAUUCUGCCCCGGCGUCCUUGAAUGGUGAACCGAAUUCCGCACGCAAUAUAAUAUGAAAAUGUUGAAUUGUUUUAUAUUUUUUAAGCUGUAGCAUACUAUAGAAAAAUGUUACCGUGUAGAUUAAUUGUGGUUAUUGUUUUAAGUUAAAUAAAGCUUCUAUUGUUA